AUGGGCGACGAGAAGUUUGACUAUCAGGCUGUCCCUAUCCCUUCUUACGCUGAAGCCACUGGCCAACCCUCCUCCUCCCGAUCCGACCUCGGCGAUGGAACAGAUGUUGAACGACAGGGGCUACUCGGUCGCGAUCAUGCCUCCACCCGAGGCUACCAUCCACCAACCGUGGAAUCGGCGCGCUCCAGCCUCGAUGACCUAGAGUCAUUGACCUCACACUCAAACCGAGAGUCCGUAGAGGAGCUACGAAGGGAACUAGAUCAAAUGGAUGUGGAUGAUUCGGCAUCGGCCUCCUUGACCGGCAGACACGCCCCUCUACGACAACGUUUUUCCAAGCAGCUAUCGAGUCUGAGUCGUACACUGUCUGCCAUACAACGACCCUUCCAACGAUAUAUGCCCAAUUUUCGUUUCCGCUUCACGAUAAACCUUGGCGACACGAGGGCACGCUUAAAAGAUCAGGGAUGCAUCAUGCUUCUCCGGGUCUUCGCUCUUUUACUGGUGGUCACCCUAGUGUAUGUGUUCUUUAUCGCGGAUGUCUUCAAUAUCAACAGUCGCAUGUCCAUGGGUCAGUCCUAUAGCGCUGCCUCCGUCGAGAACUUCAUCCAAGGUCACAUCAACGAGACCAAUAUUGCCGAAAACUUGCGACGAAUCACCAACUACACCCACGUAGCUGGCACCGAAGGUGGCUUUGCGCUAUCACAAUUGAUCGAACAAGAGUUUGAGAAAGCAGGGUUCGAUGAAGUGUCGCGGGAGGAAUUCCAGGUCUACCUCAACUAUCCACGCAAGGAUGGGAGGAGAGUCGCAAUCAUCGAUCCGCCCAGUCUAGCUUGGGAGGCGAAACUCGAAGAGGACAAUGCCAAGGACCUGGUCUUUCAUGGACAUUCGAAAUCUGGCAAUGUCACUGGGCACCUGGUGUACGCUAACUUCGGAUCCCGAGAAGAUUUCAAGCUGCUCGCAGACAAAGGAAUUUCACUCAAUGGCUCGAUUGCUUUGGUCCGUUACUAUGGGACUGAAUCCAACCGCGCAUUGAAAGUCAAGGCCGCCCAUAUGGCCGGAGCUGCUGGCUGUAUCAUCUACUCCGAUCCCGCUCAGGACGGAUUUGUCCAAGGCCCGGUUUUCCCGGAUGGACGGUACAUGCCAAGCGAUGGCGUCCAAAGAGGCGAUGUUAGUAUAGUGUCGGAGAUAAUUGGUGAUGUUCUCAGCCCUGGAUGGGCAUCCACUCCGGGAGAAAAGCACCGUUUAUCUCCCGAAGACAAUCCCGCCUUACCUAAGAUUCCCAGUCUCCCACUCGCUUGGCGCGAUGCACAGGUACUUUUGCAGGGCCUCAAAGGCCACGGCUCCAAGGUACCACAGGAAUGGGUGGGUGGGGUUCCCAAGGUAGAAGAGUGGUGGACUGGUGACCAGGGCUCCCCGGUCGUUCAUCUGAUGAACCUGCAAGAUGAAGUAGAGCGGCAACCUAUCUACAACAUCCACGGCAGGAUCAUCGGAAUGGACGAGCGUGAUAAAAAAAUUAUUGUUGGCAAUCACCGAGAUUCGUGGUGCACGGGCGGCGUUGACCCUGGAAGUGGCACUGCUACUCUCCUAGAGGUUGUACGGGCCUUUGGCGAGUUGCUCACCUAUGGAUGGCGGCCGCUUCGCACCAUUGAAUUUGUCAGUUGGGAUGGAGAGGAGUACAAUUUGAUUGGCUCAACAGAAUAUGUCGAAAAGGAGAUUGAUGAUCUCCGUGCGAAUGCGUUUGCCUACUUAAAUGUCGACGUGGCCGUUUCUGGACCCGAUUUCGGUGUGUCUGCGUCGCCCGUUUUUGAGCGCGCCGUGAUGCAAGCUAUGGGUCGUGUCUCGGACCCAUAUGCGAACGCGACACUGAAAGACCUUUGGGAUCAAAAGGGAUCAAAGAUCACCCCACUUGGCGCUGGAAGUGAUUAUGUUGCAUUCCAGGAUAUCGCCGGCACUUCGAGCAUUAACUUUGGGUUUUUCGGCGGCCCCUUUCCAUCCCACAGCUGCUAUGAAACGUAUGACUGGAUGGUUAAGUUUGCCGACCCCGAUUUCCAAUACUCCAAAGCCCUGGCUCAAUUCUGGGGGCUCCUUCUGCUUGACCUUUCGGAGAGCCCCAUGCUGCCAUUUGACCUAGAAGUCUACGGUGACUCCAUUGGCGGAUGGGUCAAAGACUUGGACGAAUUUGCCAAAUCAAAGAAGGCCGAGGUAGACAUGCAACCUAUGUUCAAGGCUGCGAUCGAGAUGAAAACCAAUGCUGUUACAUUCGAGUCCUGGACCAAGACCUGGCACGAAACUGUGUGGGGUAUGGGUGGGUAUGAAAGCAAUGUCAUGGCAGUCCAGCGGGUGAACCAUAAUGUUCGAAUGGCUGCCUUUGAUACCAAUCUACUUGACUUAGAAGAAGGCGGAGGUAUCCCCAACCGUACACAAUUCCGACACGUCAUCUUUGGUCCAGAGCUGUGGUCCAGUUCUGACGUCUCGCUCUUCCCUGCUAUCCGCGACAGUAUCAACACAGGUAAUUGGACGUUAACCCAAUAUUGGAUCGACCGUGUUGCCAAUAUCAUCCACCAAGCCAGCGACAAGCUGCUACACUAA